CUCUCGCGAGCCCGAGUUCCGAGUUCCGAGGUGCUGGACUGGUGAGUGCAGAACUACCGCCUGCCUCCCCGCGAGCCGAGCGUUGCGCAAGCCCUCGGACCAGGACGGCGCCAGCCGGAGUUUGACGCAUGGAUUGCAGUCACUGGGAAGGGGCCCUGGACGCUCCCGGCUCCGACAGCGAGAGCCGCCUCGUCUACGUUUCUGACUCCUGCAAGAGGAAGAUCCAGCACGUGGUGGACUUGCUGCUCUCCGGCGAUGCCCGCCCGGUGGAUGCCAAGAGCUUGAGCGCCUGCGGCGAGUCCUUCGAGAAAUGCAGGGACACCAUCAUCGCCCGGACAAAGGGGCUUGCCAUCUUGGUCCACGGGCUGCAGUACCUGGUGCCCGUGAGCAAGGACGAGGACGUGGGUCAGGGCUUGGCUGAGCUUUGCAACCUGGUGGUGGCCCUGGUGGAGUGCUCCUCCCACGCCGGCUACCUGGCAGCGCUGGAGACGCCGGGGGCCAAGCCGGCGCGGCCCGGUCCGGUCGAGCGCUACCAGGUGUCCGUGCUAGAGCAGGAGGUGGAGCAGCACUGCAGCGCCCUGAGGGACCUGCCCCUCAGCCAGCUCUCGCCCCCCUUGCUCUCCGACCUGUCCCAGGGGGUGAGCCGGGCCCUGAGGGCGCUGGCCGAGUGCUGCGGGGCGGCCGCCGAGUCCGGGAGGGACGCCUUCGCCUGCGACCAGCUCAAGCUGGGCCUGAGGGGCGCCGCCUGCUGUGCCAGCGCCCUGCUGGCCUGCGUCAAGGAGCUGCGGGCGGCGCCCAGCGAGGCGGCCCGGACCCGCUGCGUGGUCUUCAGCGGGCCCCUGAUCCAGUCGGUCAGGGCCCUGGUGGGACUGGCCACGGAGCCCCAGUUCCUGGGCCGGCCGGCCCACCUACCCACCGACGCCCGGCUGGUCCACGCCAGCAUCCUGGAAGGGGCCCGGCGCGUGGCAUCCUCCUGCCUCCUCUUCACCCAGUGGGUCCGCGACCUGGCCCUGCUGGCCGGCAGCGGCGCCAAGGUGCCGGCCUUCAGGGAGCAGCUGAAGAGCUUGGCCGGCGCCGUCUCCGACUCCUGCAACCUCCUCUCCCAGGCCCUGCGCCACAACGACACCCUCAACAUCUUCAACCCCUGGACCGCCGAGCCACCAAGCUGACCCCCUUCACACCUCGGUGCCUGCAUUCCGAAGGAGCUCUGCCACCAUCGGCGUUUUAUCGUUCGGAAGGUGCAGGGAACCCGGCAGCCGGCUUGCGCACAGCAAGCUCCCACAAACAGCGACGUGACUGUGACCCAGAUCAUCCGGUUGUAUUUUUUUGUCGACUGAGUGAUGCCGGACGGAGGGAUGAAUAUUGUUCACGGGACACCGGGGUGAACUCCAACCCCUCCCCUUCCUUCAAUGGCGGCUGUGGGAUCUUUUACAGAGAGUAGACGGGGGCCUUGGUUUAAUGUCUUGCCUGAAAGGUGGCACCUCUGACAGUGCGGCACUCCCUCAGUAUUGACCC